AUGGAAGCAGUUAGAAAUUACAAAGAAGUCAUAGCAGAAACUUUGCCCCUUUCUGCGCUUUGGGGAAAAAGUACGUACUCCUCACUGAGUAAUUAUGGAUAUUAUAACAGUAAAAGUAUAAUAAUCGGCGUUCUUCUUUUUGCGUUUUUAUUUUUCAUCAGCCAUUUUUUUCAGUUUCUCCCCACAAUAAGAAAUAAAAUCAGGAGGUUCACCAGGAACGCAAUAGUGUAUAACACUGUGGAAGAAAAAGAUGUGAAGGAAUACGGAAAGGAAUUACCCAGCAGGAGUGUGCCCAAUACUGGGUGCAAGGAAAAGAACGCGAAAAAUAACAAGCAGAUAAAUGAGGUAUGUCAGACUAAUGAACAGAAGCAAGGAGACGAUAACAAUAUUAAAAGGAUAAAAACAUAUGCCGAAAAAAGGGAACGCAGGUAUAACACUGCUUUAGGAGAAGAUGAAGCAAAAGUGCAAGCACCUGAAUCAACUUAUGAUGGACAAAAAAGUCAAAGGAGUUUACUGGAUAAAAUAAUGAAGGGGAAAAAAAUGGGAAAAGGAGGUAUGAAAGAACUUAUCAAGAAACAAAAUAUGCUCUAUACAGCAGGUUACAAUGAAAAAGGCUCAACGGAUUAUUUACAAGAAGAAAAAUCAGAGGAAUGGAUAAAUAACCAAUGGAAUGUCUGGAAGAAAAAAAAUGAAGAAGAAUGGAAAAUUUUUAAUACUUCCAUUGAAAAUGAAAAAACAAAUUGGCUUCAAAAUAUAGAAAAGGAAUGGCAGGAAUUUCUAGACGCUAUGCAAAAUAAAUGGAUUCACUAUAACAAAAAAAUGGACGCAGAAUACCAAAUUAACAUUCUGGAAAAAUCUUCAGAAUGGAAUGACACACAAUGGAUAGAAUGGAUUAAAAGUGAAGGAAAGCAAUUUAUGGAGCAGGAAUGGAAAAUAUGGCUUGCGCAGAAGGAAACACAUCUGAGCGACUGGGUCGUAAAUGAAUGGAUACGGUGGAAGAACUCGCAGAUUAUGCAAUGGUUAAUGGCUGACUGGAGGCUCCAAAAAGAGGCUUCAUGGUCAAAUUAUGAAAAUUAUAAAAUUACAAAUAUACUACAAAGGAAAAAGAGAAAAAAAUGGAACAAAUGGCGAGAGUGCAUCAACAGAGAAAGAGAGGAGUGGGACGCUUGGGUCCGCUCGAAAGAAAAAAUAUAUAUAAAUACUAAAUGGAAUAAAUGGUCUAAAUGGAAAAAGGAUAAACGAUUUAUAUAUAGUAAGUGGGUGGAAAUGUUUACUAACAAGCUGAUAAAUGAGAGGCAAUGGGAAAAAUGGGUUAAAUCAUAA